AUGCUCUCGACCAUAGCACACCGGAACUGGACCGCAAAAUCCUCGGGUGCGUUUGUCGCGUACCCGCUGUCGGCACGGCUGCUAUCCACAUCUACGCCGCCGCCUGGCACGACAAAGCCCGGCGAUGCGAAGCCGCCUAUUCAGAACGCCUCCACGAGCAAGCCCAAGGUCCAGCUUCGGCCAGCACCCGUGAAGCCCGGCAAGCCUUCUGCGGUCCCCGCAGAGCCCGUGGUCGCAUCGACCACGUCGCCAAGUGCGGCAGCUCAAAAGACGGCUUCGGAGGCGACCUCGUCCCCCACACAAGCAGAGUCGGUCAUCGAGGCGACGAAACAUGACUUGGAGGACGCGGCCCAACACGGCAUCCUGGCCCCGCCGCCCGAGGGUGCCUCCUGGGUCGGCAAGCUCUGGCACCAGGCCAAGGAACUCUUCAAAUUCUACUGGCGGGGCAUCAAGAUGAUUUGGACCCGCCGUGCGCGCGUCCGGGAGAUGGAGGAGCGGGUCAAGGCCGGCGGGCCACUGCUGUCGCGGUGGGAGGUGAAGUUCAUCCAGACGAACAGGCGGGACACGUUGAAGUUGGUGCCUUUCCUCCUUCUGGUGAUCAUCAUGGAGGAGAUCAUCCCACUAGUGGUGCUCUAUGCACCUGGUGUCCUCCCAUCCACCUGCCUCCUCCCAUCGCAGAAGGACCGCAUUGACACCAAGCGGCGGGAGAAGCAGAAGAAGUUCGCCUUCAAUAACAGGCAGUUGUAUGAGAAACUUCAGCAACGUUUGUUGGCGAACCCGACCGCUCCUGCACGGUCACUCAUGGACAGCCCGACGCUGAUCGCGCUGAAUGGCAUUCUGGCGCUGCCCACUAUUGGACUUGACGCGCUCCGCUUCCGGAGACUGCACCAACAUCUGAUGGCAAUUGCGGAGGAUGAUGUGCUGCUCAAGCGGGAGUCUCUAGGCCAGUCCCUCAACCAGGAACGGCUCCGGGAAGCGCUCGAGGAGCGGGGAAUCAUCACCGACGGUGUGUCGCCGACGACUUGGCACGCACGGCUGCAAUGGUGGCUGACGAACGCCGAGGGCGGGGACCCCUUCACACAACGCGUGUUGCUCGUCGCGCGCAGCGGCGCAGGCAAGUUCUCAUAA